AUGAGCGUCGCGUCCUCGCCCGCGCGCGGAGGCGCGGAGGGCGAAUUCGGCAACAACGACGACGACUUCGUCGCUUCGCUGCUCUCGCCGCCGCGACGCGCGGACGCGGCGCCGAGCACGGAAGAGAUCAGCGGGUACCUCGCGAUGUACUUCGCGUCCCAGGCGGUCGCGAUGACGCGCAUAAGCGGCAUGAAAGGCGUGAGGGAGCGCGCGAACGAGAUGCGCGACUCGUGCCCGCCGUCUCGCGCGGCGACGGUUCCCAACUCGCCCAUCGUCAAAGCGUCGGCGCCGCCCGCGGCGACGGGGAACGCCCCGCGCGCGGAGGAGCUCGCGGCGGCGAUGAACGCCGCGUUCACGGCCGCGCCCGCGCCCGCGGACGACGACACGCCGUCGUCGUCGGACUCGUCGUCGGCGCCGGAGUCGGCAUCGCGACCCGCGCGUCGAAGGCUCGAGAUGCCGCCGUCGCCCGAGCGCGCGGCGUCGUCGUCGCCGGCGGCGCCGCCGCCGAUGCCGGUCGAGACGAACGAGAUCGAGCGGCCGUCCUCGUCGUCGCGGGAGAACACCCGCCACAGACCUGAAUCGGUAGACAACGUCGGGGACAGCGUGAGCAGCGUGGAAGGCGUCUCCGCGUCGUGGGGGAACGACUCGAGCGACGGCCGCGGCGGCGGCGGCGGCGGGGAAGCGAAGGCGACGACGACGACGACGACGACGACGACGACGACGAUCGAGUCUCCCCCGCGCGCGGACGUCCCCGACGACGCGAAGAGCGAGGCGACGACCGUCGUGAUGACGGACGAGAGAGAGGUGAGCAUCGGCGCGCGCGUGACGUCACCGCGGAAGCGUCGCGCGCGGCGGCGGCGGCGGCGGCGGUUUUCGUUUCCCGUCGCCGUCGACGCCGUCUUCGCGCUCUCGAAGAAGACGGCGUCGGACGUCGCCGCGUUCGCGCUCCGCCCGGAGAAGGCGCUCGCGCAGGUCGCCGCGCUCGCGACGAUGUUUCUCAUCGCGCGAUCGAAGAGACGCCGACGACCGAUGACGUGGGCGAGAGAGCGGCGCGCGGAGGGGGGAGAAGACGACGAGGUGCACGAGAUGUACGUCGCGGACGCGCCGGAGGGAUCGUCCGCUGCGAUGCUUCGCGAAGUGUUCGCCGCGUGA